CAUUCAUAUCUUCUCUCUCAUGCGUUCUUUCUCUUUCUCAUUUUCUGUGUGUUGUGUUGUGUGUGUCGUUGAAGCCUAGAGAAGAAGAAGAAGAAGAAGAGAGAAAGCAACAUGGUUUCAACGAGACGCAACAGUGGAUCUCUCUCCGCUUCCAGCAGCGCCAAGAGGCCUUCUUCUUCCGAAGACAAGCCUCCUUCUUCUCCAUCGUCCAAGCGCUCAAAGGCUGACAAUGGUGCUGCCGCCUCGGACAAACCGAUGCCGCCGCCGCCGGACAAUUCCAAGGAAUUCUCCACUCCUGACCCCCCUGCCGAUCCCGGAGAAUGCGGCCCCUCCGAUGCUCAGAUCGCCUCCGCCGCCGCCGCCGUCGCUUCUGAUGUCAAGGCCGAGGCCACGCCGCCGAUCGCCGACGGUUCUUCACCGACUGUGGUGGCUGAUAAGCCUAGGGCUUCGUUCUCUUCGUGGAGCUUAUACCAGAAGCAAAACCCGAAUGCCGAGUCUUCAGCUCCAUGGUGCAGGCUCUUGUCCCAGUCUGCACAGAAUCCAAAUGUUGCUGUUUGCACGCCGAACUUUACUAUUGGCUCUAGCAGAAAUUGCAACUUUCCUUUGAAGGAUCAUACUAUGAGUGGGAAUUUAUGCAAGAUCAAGCAUACCCAGCGUGAGGGAAGUGCUGUGGCUGUGUUAGAAAGUACGGGUAGCAAAGGAUCUGUGCUUGUGAAUGGGACACUUGUCAAGAAAAACACCAGCUGCAUGCUUAACUCGGGUGAUGAAGUGGUGUUUGGUUCGAUGGGAAAUCAUUCUUACAUUUUUCAGCAAGUAAACUCUGAGGUUGCAGUCAAAGGUGCAGACGUUCAGAGUGGUGUUGGUAAAUUUCUGCAGCUUGAAAGGAGAGCCGGAGACCCUUCUGCUGUGGCUGGUGCUUCUAUUUUGGCUUCUCUAUCUAGCCUCAAACAGGAUCUUACAAGAUGGAAGUCUCCAUCUCAGACCUCCAGUAAACCUCAUCAGGGUACUGAUGUUUCUAGUCCUUCUGUUCUCCAUGAUUAUACAGAAACUGAGCUUGAUGGUCUGGAAGGCAACUCAGCUCCAAAUGUAGGGACUGAUAAAGCUGCUGAUGUUGGAGCAAGCGACAAGAACUCUCCUAUGGAUUGCGAUCCCGAUGAUGCGGGCACAGAGGCUGGCAAUGUAAACCUCUCUGGGGUGAAUGAUUUCCUAAGGCCUUUCUUCAGGAUUCUAGGUGGAUCUACUUGUAAACUGAAAUUGAGCAAAAGUAUAUUUAAACAGGUAUUGGAAGAAAGAAAUGGGACGAGGGAUGCGCAAGCUGCAUCAACUUCCGGGACAUCUGUACGCUGUGCAGUUUUUAAGGAAGAUGUUCAUGCUGCAAUACUGGAUGGAAGAGAGUUAGACGUGUCCUUUGACAACUUCCCGUACUAUUUAAGUGAGAAUACAAAAAAUGUCCUGAUUGCAGCUUGCUUUAUACACCUGAAGCAUAAAGAACAUGUGAAGUACACCACAGAUCUUACAACCAUAAACCCUCGUAUUCUACUAUCUGGACCUGCAGGAUCAGACAUAUAUCAGGAGAUGUUGGCAAAAGCACUUGCAAAAUAUUUUGGAGCUAAAUUGCUCAUAUUUGAUAGCCAUUUACUUUUGGGUGGUUUAUCUUCUAAAGAAGCUGAACUGCUCAAAGAUGGAUUGAAUGCUGAGAAACCCUGCAGCUUCUCCAAGCAAAGUCCUACAGCUACAGACAUUGGUAGGAGCAUAGAUCCAUCAGCUAGUGAGACAGAUACACCUAGCUCUUCAAAUGCACCUACUCCAUGUGGCCUUGAAUCUCAGCCUAAGUUGGAAACUGAUAAUGCACCGUCUACCUCCGGGACCACUAAAACUGGCUUUAAACUAGGUGAUAGGGUAAAAUAUAGCUGUUCAUCUUCUGGUGUCUUGUAUCAGACAUCUUCUCCAAGGGGUCCACCUAAUGGAAGUCGGGGGAAGGUUGUCUUGCUUUUUGAUGAUAAUCCAUUGUCAAAAGUUGGUGUAAGAUUUGACAAACCUAUACCUGAUGGAGUUGAUCUUGGAGGUGCCUGUGAGGGAGGGCAAGGAUAUUUCUGCAAUGUCAUUGAUCUUCGGUUGGAAAACAGUGGCGUUGAAGAGCUGGACAAAAUACUUAUUAAUACUCUGUUUGAGGUUGUGUUGAGUGAGAGCAGAAAUGCACCUUUCAUUUUGUUCAUGAAAGAUGCAGAGAAGUCUAUAGUAGGAAAUGGAGAUCCCUAUUCAUUUAAAAGUAAGCUUGAAAAGCUUCCAGACAAUGUCGUGGUAAUAGGUUCACACACUCAAAGUGACAGUCGAAAGGAAAAGUCACAUCCUGGGGGUUUGCUUUUUACGAAGUUUGGUAGCAAUCAGACUGCCCUUCUUGACUUGGCUUUCCCCGAUAGUUUCGGCAGAUUGCAUGAUAGGGGGAAGGAUGUCCCAAAGCCAAACAAGACUUUGACUAAGCUUUUCCCAAAUAAAGUAACAAUUCACAUGCCUCAGGAUGAGACGCUUUUAGCAUCUUGGAAGGAUCAACUCGACCGUGAUGUCGAGACUCUAAAGAUCAAAGGAAAUUUGCACCAUUUGCGCACGGUUUUGAGCCGUUGUGGGAUGGAGUGUGAAGGACUUGAUACAUUGUGUAUUAAGGAUCAGACAGUUACAAAUGAAAAUGCAGAGAAGAUAGUUGGUUGGGCUUUAAGCCACCAUCUCAUGCAUAAUUCUGAAGUUGAUCCUGAUGCGAAGCUAAUGUUGUCAUGUGAGAGUAUCGAGUAUGGACUUGGGAUCUUACAAUCUAUCCAGAAUGAGUCAAAGAGCCUGAAGAAGUCUCUUAAGGAUGUUGUAACAGAGAAUGAGUUUGAAAAGAGGCUUUUGGCUGAUGUAAUUCCACCUAGCGAUAUUGGUGUUACUUUUGAUGAUAUUGGAGCUCUUGAAAAUGUCAAGAACACAUUGAAGGAGUUGGUGAUGCUUCCUUUGCAGAGACCUGAGCUUUUUUGCAAAGGGCAAUUAACAAAGCCAUGCAAGGGUAUCCUAUUAUUUGGUCCACCUGGAACAGGUAAAACAAUGCUUGCAAAGGCAAUUGCUACUGAGGCCAGUGCAAAUUUCAUUAACAUUUCCAUGUCAAGCAUCACAUCUAAGUGGUUUGGUGAGGGCGAAAAAUAUGUGAAAGCUGUUUUCUCACUAGCAAGUAAAAUUGCUCCUAGCGUGAUAUUUGUUGAUGAAGUUGAUAGCAUGCUUGGCCGAAGGGAAAAUCCAGGGGAGCAUGAGGCCAUGCGAAAGAUGAAAAACGAAUUCAUGGUGAACUGGGAUGGAUUACGUACGAAAGAUACUGAGCGUGUUCUUGUUCUUGCAGCCACUAAUAGGCCUUUUGACCUUGAUGAGGCUGUCAUUAGGAGGCUUCCUCGGAGAUUAAUGGUAAAUUUGCCGGAUGCUCCCAACAGAGAGAAAAUAUUGAAAGUUAUACUGGCAAAAGAGGAUUUGUCUUCUGAUAUUGAUAUGGGUGCAAUAGCAAAUAUGACUGAUGGAUAUUCUGGAAGUGAUCUUAAGAAUUUGUGUGUAACUGCUGCACACCGUCCAAUUAAACAGAUAUUGGAAAAGGAAAAAAAGGAACAAGCUGCUGCACUCGCAGAAGGAAGGCCUGCUCCAGCAUUAAGUGGGAGUGAAGAUAUCCGACCUUUAAACAUGGAAGACUUUAAACAAGCUCAUCAACAGGUAUGUGCAAGUGUUUCCUCUGAAUCCGUUAAUAUGACCGAGCUCUUGCAAUGGAAUGAACUAUACGGUGAAGGCGGUUCAAGAGUAAAGAAAGCACUCAGCUAUUUCAUGUGAGAGUGUCUACUUUGUACAAAUGUUUCUCCCAUCACCGCCUGUGCCUGAAGCCUGCAUGCAUAUUUGUAGUUUUGCCUGUCUUAGAGGCUUUCAGGGCUUUGCUUGCUGCUGAGCCAUUUCGUUUUGUAAAAUGAAUUAUAGGUUUUUUUUUUAUGUUAUCCUUUAUUACCUGUGGGAUGGUGGGUUUUGAAAGGAGUGGAGCCUUAGUGCCCUGGAGAAUUUUGGCCAGGCUCUGCUUUUAUUUUGUUCCUCAUCCCCUGGUCGCUACCAUAGAUUUGCUUAAAGUUUUUAACAUAAAAAGUAUCAUAUUACCCACCCUGUGAAAUAUUUAUUGACAUUCCCUAAUGGAAUUUACUGAAAAUAAGCAUUUAGAUCA